CUUUAAUUUCAUUCAAAAUCUUUCAUUGCUCAUUGCAUUCUUCUCAUGUUUUUUAAAGAAAUAAAGCCAAUUUGCUCAGGUUUCAAAGGGUUAAACUUACAAAACAUUCAGAUUCUUGAAACUGUCCACAGGUGAAGAUAAGAUUAUCCCCACAUCUGUUCUGUUAUCUAAAAUAAACUUUAAUAGAUAAACGACGUUUUGGUCGUCAGAAAAGUAGCAGUUACAAACAUGGAGCAUCAAAUACACAAACAUUUGUGUCAAUCACAUCUGAAUAAAGGCUAUGUUUAUUUCCUGUAAGAUGUUUUCCUCUAGUGGACGUAAGGUGUACAUAUCUGUAUUAAGAGCGGGGGGAAAAAAACGGAGGGCAAAGCCACUCCGGCUGCUCAUUGGUGGGGAAAUAUGGAAUCAGAUGACGUAGUAGUUCCGGGUUUCUAUGUCCUCAGGAAAGGUAACUGUCGGUCAUUUCUGGGUAGAGACAACUGAGCGUGUUUUCCUCCGCUGAAGGUGUAAAAGCGGACCACGUAUUUUCAUACAACGGUUGUGGGAUUCUUACGUUUGUCUACUGUGGGGGCUUUGCUGUUUUUGAGGCUUCUUGUCUGACUCACAUCCAAUAUCUUUGGAACCAGCACAUUUCUAAACAAGUGUGAUCACCACUGCUGCUCAGUUCUCUUCCACACGUACUCUUCCCAGAGAACAGUAUGGUUCUCCAGUUAGACUCUGUCCUGCAAUCUAUUUUUCUAUUUCCAAUCCACCUUCUGGUAUGGCUGUACUCUGUUCUGUCCUUCCUUCCCUGGUACUACAUCACUGGUGCUGGGGAAAGAAAAGCUCUGUCCAAGCGGAUAAAAGCCCGUUCCACUUCAGGCUGUGCGGAGGGACCGUACCGCUCUGUGGACCACUUUGAUUCCCUGGCCAGGGAGGACUUCCCCGGCAAGGACACACUAGACAAGCUGUUCGAGUAUGCUGUGCAGCGUUUUGGACAACAACAUUGUCUCGGCACCAGAGAUGUACUGAGCGAAGAGAACGAGAUUCAACCCAGCGGUAAAGUAUUUAAAAAGCUGAUCCUGGGGGACUAUAGAUGGCUCUGCUACAAUGAAGUGGACUCCGCAGUCAGUCAGUUUGGCAGUGGACUAGCAGCCUUGGGGCAACAGCCCAAAAGCAUGAUUGCAAUCUUCUGUGAAACUAGAGCAGAGUGGAUGAUCGCAGCCCAGGCGUGCUUCAAGCACAACUUCCCUUUGGUGACAUUCUACGCUACACUGGGAGAGGAGGCGAUUGCAUACGGACUGAACGAGACUGGAGUUACCCAUUUGAUCACCAGUGUGGAACUGCUCGAGCAUAAACUGAAAAGAGUGCUUCCAGAUAUCCCGAAACUGAAGCACGUGAUCUACGUGGACCAGAAGAAAGUGAGCACAGAAGGCUACCCAGCAGGACUGUCCACCCACAGCAUGCAGGCCAUACGAGAGCUGGGCGCGCUGCCUGAGAAUAUGGAGCAGGCCAUUGUGAAGCCCCAGCCCUCUGAUCUGGCCGUGGUGAUGUACACCAGUGGCUCCACAGGCAGACCCAAAGGCGUCAUGAUCGUCCACAGUAACCUAAUCGCGGGAAUGACAGGCCAGUGUGAACGCAUCCCUGGACUCGGGCCUAAUGAUACUUACAUUGCCUAUCUGCCCCUGGCUCAUGUUCUGGAAAUGACAGCUGAAAUCUCCUGUGUCACAUAUGGCUGUCGGAUCGGCUACUCGUCCCCACAGACGCUCUCAGACCAGUCCACUAAGAUAAAGAAAGGAAGUAAAGGAGACUCCUCUGUACUCAAACCCACCCUGAUGGCAGCUGUGCCAGAAAUUAUGGAUCGCAUCAACAGGAAUGUGAUGAGCAAAGUGCAGGAAAUGAAUUUCAUUCAGAAGACGCUGUUUACACUGGGCUACAAAUAUAAACUGGAGCAGAUUAAGAGGGGCUAUGACGCACCACUUUGCAAUGCCCUGUUGUUCCGGAAAGUGAAGAAACUGUUGGGAGGACAUGUGAGGAUGAUGUUGUGUGGAGGAGCCCCCCUGUCCCCAGUUACUCAGAGAUUCAUGAAUGUAUGUUUCUGCUGUCCAGUGGGUCAGGGCUACGGCCUCACUGAAACCUGCGGAGCUGGCACCAUCACAGAGGUUGUGGACAUCAGCACUGGUCGUGUCGGAGCUCCUCUUAUUUGCUGUGAGGUCAGACUCAGAGACUGGGCUGAAGGUGGUUACACCAGCAAGGACAAGCCACACCCAAGAGGGGAGAUCCUUAUCGGCGGUCCCAAUGUAACCAUGGGUUAUUACAGGCAUGAAAGCAAGGAUCAGGACUUUUUUGUGGAUGAAAAAGGUCAGAGAUGGUUCUGCACUGGAGACGUAGGAGAGAUCUACGCAGAUGGCUGUCUACAAAUAGUGGACCGCAAGAAAGACUUGGUCAAACUGCAGGCCGGAGAGUACGUGUCUCUUGGUAAAGUCGAGUCUGCUCUGAAAAACUGCUCUCUCAUAGACAACAUAUGUGCUUACGCAAACAGUGAUCAGAACUACGUGAUCAGCUUUGUGGUCCCCAACCAGAAAAGGAUGACAGCACUGGCCAAGCAGAGAGGCAUAGAGGGGGCAUGGGAGGAGAUCUGCACUCACCCCGACAUGGAAAGAGAAGUUCUGAAGGAGAUCAAGGAGGUUGCUGCUAACAUUAAACUCCAGCGAUUUGAGAUUCCAAUGAAGGUACAUUUGAGUCCAGACCCGUGGACCCCCGAGACAGGCCUUGUCACAGAUGCGUUCAAGCUGAAGAGGAAAGAGCUGAAGAACCACUAUCUCUACCACAUAGAGAGAAUGUACGGGGGCAAAUAAGUUUGCCAAAUUUCACCCAAAAGUCUCCCCAUUGUCACCAUAACCACUGUUUUGAUCUGUAAAUAAUCUUCCUGGUACACCAAUGGAUUUUGAUGCUGUCUGUGUACCACAGGCGUCCAGAUGAAAAUGUCUUGAAGAGAAAAGCUGAAGCUGUAGAUAUUUGUAGCUGUUUAUCCAUAUGUGCUGCUUUCUAUUUUUGUGUGUAGAGGUUCUGAUUGUCAAAGAAAUGCACUCAAGUGGCAACUCUUAAUCCAUGAGAAGGGUCUGUGGCCAUUAUAGCACUUAACUGCCAUCCACCUAAAUCUCCUGGCUUUUAGUUGUAGUUGAUUAAAAAGCACCACUGUCCUCCAUAUGUCGCUGAUGCGUUGUUGUUACUCCCAUUGAAAAUAUUAACAACUGUAACAACUGUGAGGCUUGUAUUGCUCUUUUGUAAAGUUGGAGUACUGAUGUUACUGUGCCUUCAGUCUGCAGUACUUGUGUAGUCAAGCAGAGGUGGCAUCUAGAUAAAGCAAGUAGUUUACGCUUUUGUUACAAAACUGGUUAAACUGCUAUUGUUAUGUUUACUUGAGGAAGUGUCCCCAACCCAGAGAUACACUGACAUGCAUCAUAUAUACAGACAGGUGACAAAUUAAAGGAAAAACCAACACAAUAUGUCAUAGAACAUCAUUCUAAAAUCUCCUCAAGGUGUUCCACUAGGUGGAGAUGUGAUGACUGUGAAGGCCACGGCAUAUGAUUCAGAUCAUUUUCUUACUCAUCAAAUCACUCAGUGACCUAUGGAUGGGGGUGUUGUCAUCCUGGAAGAGACCACUCCUAUCAGGGGAGGAAUGUUUCGACAUAGGAUGAAAGUAGUCACUCAGAACUUUGUGCUGAUUUGCAGUGACCCUUCCCUCUGAGGGGACAAGUGGACCAAACCCAUGCCAGCAAAAUGCCUCCCACAGCAAAAAAAGAGCCACUGAAUCUCCCACUAUAGGGGUCACACACUCAGGCGUGUGCCGUACUCUUGGUGCACUCACCCAGAAUGACUCAUCUGACAUCCCUGUAGACGAGUGCCUGUUUUUUCACCACUGAACUCCUAAAUGUGCAUUUAUUUUUGUAAAAAGGGGUAUAUGCACCGCAACCCUACUGAUAUCCGUCUCUGUAUAAUUGUUGCUGCUCUUGCUGACGGUCUGAUCACGUCCUGCGUCAACAUUCAAAAUCACCUAAAGAUGAGUUGGUCGUUUUUCUUUGCAUAUUGCACCAAUGUACAAACAACACGGUCAUCAAAUGGUCACUAUCGACCACGGUUUCGACCGUAUUUUCUUUUCUUUCCCAUAGAUCUGAAUGCAGAUAUUCCUUCAAUGACGGUUCUGACAGAAACACUAGCUAGUUGAGCAGUCUUUGAACCUGCUUUCAAAGUCACUUGGAGCUUUUCCUCUCUCAUACAUUAGGAUGUUAAUUGCCACUCAUUGAUUCAGGUUUUUCCUUCGUCACCUGUCUGUAGAAUAAAACAUACUCGUGAUCAUGUCUGCUUAUCCACCUAUUUUUUUUUUUGUUUUGUUACCAGUGUUUUAUUUAUGCUGUCAUUGUGUCCAUUUUUUUCAGAAAGUAAGACCAAAAUGUAUAAACAUAAAUGACUCAGGAAGAUAAGCAAAUGUUUUAAUAUAUGAAAUUGUCAGUAGUUGGUUUGUAAAGAAAGCCCCUUUUGUUAAAAAUUCUUGUGGGCACCUUAUUUAUUUAAGAGCAAGCAUGUUUAACUAUUAACCAACUGCUCCGAUGCUUUGGAUAGUCAUACUGUGCAUAUUUUACCUCAGUUAACAGGUUAAUGUACAAUUUGCUAUCAUCUUGUUAUCUAAGGUGGAGUCAUUGUAAUAUUACAGGAGUGUUUUUCAUGUAUUUUUCAAAGUGUUUUCGUGCUGAUGGAUUGUCAUCAUUAAACCUUUAAGGAAGCAGACAUUGACAGUCACUUUACAGUUGGUUGUUUGGUGAUCGUAUUUGUAUUUAUUACUCCGUAAUUAUGGUCACAUGCCUUGUUCAACAUUUAAAAAAAUAAACUUUUUUCCAAUAACA